GGAGCUGGACAGUGGAGAGCCGAGCUGGUAUUGAUCGGCAGCAGCCAGGAGGUCAGAACGCAUCAGAGGAGACGAAAAGAAAGGAGAGGGCAGCUCCGCUUCUGCCAGAGGAAGAGGGAGGGGAGGGGAGGGCGCUCUGGCUGAACGAGGCGCACACCGACGAGCGCCAUUCAGGCAGCGGAGGGGCUGCGUCGGCGAGCGUCCGCCGCCACUCUCAGCGCGGAGUUAAGUGGAGGUUCAUGAGUGUGAUGGGGAUCUGAGGACUCAGCUGUGGAAGAGCCAGAGGAGUCAUGCCGAGGAUUAGGAGAUGAUUCCCCAGCAGGAGCCGAGGGGGUUAUGAGGUUCUGGGCGGUGGGAGCUGCCACUGCCAUGUGGCGCCCCCGACCGCCUGCGCCGCCACCUCCCGUAGAGCAUGCAGGUCCUACAGAUCGUCAAGGAGCUGGUGUCGCCGUCCAGACACAGAGCUGCCGCCAGAUUUGGAGCGUCUGAUAGUGGGCAGGAUGCAGCGCUGAAACUGGACCAGGAGCGGGCGGAUAUUGUGGCCAAAUAUGACAAGGGAAAAGAAGCCGUUGUGGAGUCCUGGGAGGACACCAACUACAACAUCUACAAAGUCACCGACCGCUUCGGCUUCGUCCACCCAAAUGAACUUCCGUCCUUCGACUCGUUGGAGGAAAAGCAAAAACAUACAGAGCUGGAGAGGACCACCAAGUGGCUGAAGAUGCUGAAAAGCUGGGACAAAUACAAGAACAGUGAGAAGCUGGUCAGGAGGAUCUACAAGGGCAUUCCCCUGCAGCUCCGAGGGGAAGUGUGGAGUCUGCUGCUCGACAUUCCCAAAAUAAAAGAGGAGAAGAAGGACUUCUACGAGAAGCUGAAGGCCAGAGCCAGAGAGACGUCUCCUGACGUCCGGCAGAUUGACCUGGACAUAAACAGAACCUACAGAGACCACAUCAUGUUCAUGGAUCGCUACGAUGUCAAGCAGCAGGCGCUGUUCCACGUUCUUACGGCGUACUCCAUGUACAACACGGAGGUGGGCUACUGUCAGGGAAUGAGUCAGAUCACAGCGCUGCUGCUCAUCUACAUGAAUGAAGAAGAUGCCUUCUGGGCUCUGGUCAAGCUGCUGUCAGGACAGAAGCACGCCAUGCACGGAUUUUUUGUUCCUGGUUUCCCAAAGCUGAUGCGUUUCCAGGAGCAUCACGACCGUAUCCUCAAGAAGAUGAUGCCCAAGCUGAAGCAGCACUUGGACAACCAGGAAGUGUUUACCAGCCUGUACACCAUGAAGUGGUUCUUCCAGUGCUUCCUGGACAGAACUCCGUUCACUCUGACUCUCAGGAUUUGGGACAUCUACAUCUUGGAGGGCGAACGAAUUCUCCCUGCAAUGUCCUACACCAUCCUCAAACUGCACAAGAAGCACCUGAUGAAGCUGUCCAUGGAGGAGCUGGUGGAGUUCCUGCAGGUGACUUUGAACAAAAACUUCUACUAUGAGGACGACUUUGUAAUCGAGCAGCUGCAGGCGUCCAUGACGGAGCUCAGGAAGGCAAAGCUGGAUCUGCCACCACCAGGUAACGAGGACGAGCUUCCAAAGAAGCCUUUAGGGCAGCUUCCUCCUGAGCGCGCAGCACCUGCACCAAACCAGGUGGCUAACGGUCAAAGCCACAUAGAAGCAGCUCGGCCUGCCAAGGACUCAAGUCCUCAAAUGCAGCGGGGCGAAAGUCGUCCCCCAAGCCGGUCACGCCGGGACUCACUUGAGAAACCGACACGUCAUCACAAGAGGGGUUCCUGGGGAUCGACCGAGCUGCCCAGUGAGCAACAAAAGCAGCCCCCCUCCGUCAUGCCCAAGAGAGGAGCAACCCCAUCAUCAACACCAACGCCUCAGAUCACCACAGAGGACGCACAGAGGUCCCAGGACCACAUUGCUACAGCCACCACCCGCAGGGAGAUAACCCCCCGCUGGGUUAAACCGUCUGAAACAAAGCUGGAGGCUGCCAAAGCAGCAGCAGCAGCAGCCCAAGACAGGAAUCACAGGCUGUCACCAGCACCUUCCAACCCAGAUGACGAUGAGAAGCUGGAGGGCCAGCCACGCCCCAAGGGAUUCCUUCCUGGUUCUGACAGAGGCUCCAAUGCCUCCCAGUAUGACAAUGUCCCAGGGCUAACUGAACUGGGUUUUGAGAUCCUAGAACUUGAGAGACCUCCGUCCAGAAUGAGGACCCCAUAUGUUGAACCAGCUCCUGUUGUGUCAGCUUUGCAUCAUGGCAACCUGAAUCGUGGACUGACUCUGGCUAACAGCUUGGUUUCCGCCACAACGGGGCCCAGAAUGCCACGAAACGCUCCUCAGUUUUACCAGAACACUUCAACAGAGAUCCAAGCCAGUUACCAUGGCAUCCACACAUCCUCCCAGCAACAGUCUCCAGGCAGAACCACAAUGGAGAUUCCCAUCCACCACCCCCCCUUCAACAGGGGAGAACAGCACUUUUCUACUGCUUCUCAGCUUCCAUCAUUUUCCAGAAAGGCUUAUAAUGAGCUAGCUUACGUGACCACUCAACGCCAGCACAACAGAUCCCCUGAAAAGGCUCUGCAGAAUAACUCCUACGCCACAUAUCGCAGACAGCGCCUGCCUGACUCCGCCCACAACAUUAGAGACUCCACGUCACCCCUGGACAAAUCCAUGCAGGUAGAAAUCCACGGCAGGUCCUCCCCCAUCUACACACAACAACUACCAGCAACCACACCGGCGUACGCUAAGGUAGACCGCAUGUACGAGGACCAGCAUAGACGGGAGCUAAACCAGGCCUUUGUGCUAGAAGGACGACCCCAGCUGGCGCCAGACGGGCUCCAGUGGGACCCUGCAGACCCGCCUCCUCCGUCCCCAGGUGGAAUGCCCCGCUCACCCAGCUUUCAGCGAGCUCAAAUGUCUCCGGUUGAAGAGUUCACUUUUCCGGACCCCCUGCCCGAUUAUAGAACACAGUACCAGGAGCCGCGGCAGGUUAUACGGCCACAGCGCCCUCAGCUGUUCGGGCAACCACACUACAGGCACGCACAGGAGGCGUUUGCCAUGCAGGAGUCCAUGCUGCUUUGAUAGGAGGACAGACGCAGAGAACAAACUGAGCUGAAGUCACUGACACUGUGGUCAAGACUAGCUGUAGUCCCGGCUUCGUUUCCGCCCUGUUGUUUAUUUUUAAAUAAAAGUGAAGUACGAGCCUGACUGCUACAGGACACACCAGCCUCUAAGGUUUUUACUUGUUGCUUUAAAAAAGAGGAAUAAAAGAGUUGAAGAUUUGAUUUUAUUUUUGAAUGUAAAUCCUUAUCAGAGGUGACUAUAUCUUUUAGAGUCUUAAAUGUACAGUGGAUCUUUUUGUUGAUAUACAGAGUUAUUAGUUGCAGGGAAAGAAAGAAAAUUCCAUUUAUCUUUAUUUUUUAUAUCUUACUAUUUGACAAUAGGGACUCAUUAACGCUUAAUGCUUGUGAAUGUUAUUUUUUUUUAAAAAUCAGCCCGGUGUUGAGUUAGAAAACAGUGUUGAAUGGGUUACUGUUCAUCUGGAUUUACAUUUUACAGUGAAAAAAGCAGCAUUUGUCAUUUUUUAAAGACGCUUUUUCUGUUACGGUUCUUCAUGGUUUUUGGGUCCAGACUGACGUGCAAUGCAUUUGUCCUGCAAGUAACGUUUACCUUUUCUGAAGUCUGUGAAGUUUUGAUUGAUAAAGGUUUCAACCCUGAAAAAAAAAAACUUUUGUUGUUUGAUUUUAGAAGUUUGUGUGUGACGGCGACAGUAAACCGCUGUAGUGUAGUUUACAUCACUAACAGACUAAGAUUGAUAGAAAAUAAUUAACUGUUUUCAAAUUUGUCAACGCUGACGUGAACUACUGUUACACUGAUCACUUUCACUGGUACACAUUCAAAAUCUUCAACAUUUGAGUCACACAUUUCAAAUUUUACAAAUAUUCUCUGUCCUUUCAGUCUGGGUUUUUUUUUCCGCCUCUAAAACCGCAGAAAUCUUUCUGAUGUCAUCGAUAUUCUUUUAAGUUAAAGAGGAAAAUAACAGAACAUUCUCAUACUUUGCUCAAUAAAAUAAGAUGGGAUAAAAAAAA